AGUUGUCAUUUUCCUGUUUUCCAAAAUCCCACACUUUUUGUUUAAUUUGCCCUUAUUAUCUUUUAUAUCUAAGCAUUUCUACAUUACAUUUUUCAAGAAAAGAACUCAGAAAUUAAGCAAAGAAAAAAAACAUGGCCAAAGUCUUCUUGUUCGUUGCACUAUGUGUGCUUCCAGCUCUGGUCAGUGCUACACGCAUGGUGAAGAACCCAUCAUUGGUGGUACAAGGGCAUGUGUACUGUGACCGCUGCCGUGCUGGUUUUGAAACCCCCAAGAGCCGAUGCGUUCCUGAUGCGACGGUUAAGUUGAUGUGCUCCGACAGGAAGACCGGCAAAGUUGUGUACGAGAAGGAGGGCUACACCGACAAAGCCGGAAAAUACGAGAUUGUUGUGCCCGAGGAUCACUGGGAUCAGAUCUGCGAUGCACUUCUCGUGAAGAGCUCCCAGCCUGAUUGUGCCACGAUGACACCGGGCCGUGAACGUGCCCGUGUUAUCUUGACCAACUACAACGGCAUCGCAUCCACCACCCGAUACGCCAACGCGAUGGGCUUCAUGGCUGACCAGCCCGAAGCUGGCUGUGCUGAGAUGAUGAAGAUGUAUCAGGAAGACGAGGAAGAUCUUUAGAGUGUGGUUUGGAGUUGUAUGCAUAUGAAUUAUGUUGUCUGCUAUUUGUUAUGUGAAUUGCUUCCUUCAUUUCUAUAUUUAGAGGACUUAAAAAUAACUUAUUUUCUUUGAAUUGCUUCUGUCUCGGAAGUGUUCUUUUGGGUAAUUGCUGUUCUUUUCACCUGAUGGAUCUUCCAAUUCAUUAC